UUUUCAAUAAACAAAUAAAUCAAUUUUUAAAAGCAAAUAUUUCAAAAACUGGUGAAAAAAAUAUAUCAACAAAUUAUAUAUUUUUAUUAUCAAUAUUAUCAAAAAAUAAAUAGGGUGUUUAUUCAUUUACAAAAAAUACAAGUUAUGUCUGUCAUAUCUUUUGCGUGCACCCUGUAUAGCAGGAUUGCUCCUGUGCAAUUUUUGCCUACGUGAUAUUUGGAACGUGUGCAUCUGAUAGAGAUGGCCAAUGUGUGAAAAUGUACCACUAAAACGAGCAAGAAUAUAUAUUGCUUGUAUGAAGGAGGCAAACAAAUAAAAAUAGCUUUAUUGUUAUUUAAAGAUUAUUUUUAAUCAGUAGUAAUUAAAUGUUUUCUGAUUUGCGGUUAAGUUUAUUUAUUUAUAUUUUCAUUAGGUAAUAUAGAAAAAAAUCGAGGUGCUGCAUUGCAGGAUACGUGCAGACUGUUGCAAUUUUAAUUUGAAAACAACAUUUCCACAUUCCUGUUUUUGCAUGGAAAAGUGAAAAUGUGUGAAGAAAAACACUGGGAAAGCGACCAACUGAGACGAUACGAUUUGGAUUUGAAACAAAUUCCCAGACUACGUUACAAUGAUCCCAAAGUUGAUGAAUUGAUUGGACAAAAUAAACCAGUAGUAAUCACAGACUCGAACAUAAUCAAAACGGCUCAGGAAAAUUGGACUCCCGAAUAUUUGGAACAUAAUUUGGGCAAUGUAGGCCACAAUGUGUUCCUGUCCAAAACUCACAAGUUUAAAUAUUUUGACAGAACAAAAAUGCUAAGCCGAUCAAACCCCCAAGGAAUAGAUUUUGUGCCUCCCACAAAGGAAACUAAAUUAAAAAUAGGCGAAUUUAUGAAAAAGUUAAAAGAGUGGAAGCCAGGAAAUGAUAGAUUAUAUCUGCAGCAACCUUUGAACGACACAGUAGGCCCUUCAUUGGUAAGGGAUUUUGUAAGAUUUGACUGGGAGUAUGUUGGGCAAAAACAAAACAAGCACAAUUGGGGGCCUUUAACUUCAAAUUUGUUGCUUAUAUCACAGGAGGGUAACGUUACACCAUGCCAUUAUGAUGAACAACAAAAUUUCUUUGGCCAAGUCUACGGCUACAAAAGGUGCAUUUUGUUUCCUCCUAGUGAUUUUGAAUGUUUGUAUCCUCACCCUGUACACCAUCCUCAUGACAGACAAAGCAUGGUUGAUUUUGAUUGUCCAGACUAUACAAGGUUCCCAAAAUUUAAAAACGCCAAAGGCUUUGAAACUGUCCUAAAACCUGGUGAUGUACUUUAUAUCCCAAUUUAUUGGUGGCAUCACGUUGAGUCAUUGAUGAAAGGAGGGCCAACAAUAUCAGUCAAUUUUUGGUACAAAGGUGGUCCAACAAGUUUGGAGUAUCCUUUGAAAGACCACCAAAAAAUUGCCAUUACAAGAAAUGUGGAGAAAAUGCUGUUGGAGGUGUUGCAAGAUCCUAGAGAAGUAGGCCCUUUGCUUAGAUCGAUGGUAAUGGGCCGAUAUACAGAAUGAUACUGUUUGUGAUAUGAGUACACGAAAUCUUAUAAUUAUUUUUUGAUUCAGUUUUUAAUAUUUAAAGUAUUAUUAUUAUGUGUUAUUAAAAAUAAGUAUUUUUUUCUUUUGGACUAUGAUUUACUGUACUCAAAUACAAUUUGCCUACUUAAAUAUUGUCUUGAUACAUUAUAAAUGUAUUUUAUUUCAAUUGUAAUAACUACUAUUACUUAUAAGUUUUGUUUAUUAUUAUACCCAUCUAGUUAUUUUAUAAAUCUUAAGGUAUUUUAUUGUAAAGUUAACAAAAAUUGUCGCAAAAAUAUGACUGACUAGAUAAAUAAAUAAGGUCUAUU